AUGCCAAUGUAUGCAUCGAUGAUUGAGUUGCUGGACCGCUUUGUAGAAGAGGGCUGGCCAUUGGUGGAGAGAGGCUUACUGAAGGAGGAACAUUAUCAUUUGGCGACGCUAGACGAGGAAGUGCCAACCAAGUACAAAUGUGAUGCCUUCUCCCACCCUCAUUCUUUCGUGGCGCAUCUUCAAGUGAGUGAGGAUUCGAAUUCUGCUAUGGCCAUGUCGAUGCUCUUGGCACAAAAGUCCCAUGCUACCCAUGAAAUCUUGGAUUCGCACAGGCACAACAUGUCUGUAGAGGAGACUAUCCGCCGAGUCAUGGAGGUCUGGAGUCCACUUUGUCUCAAAGCGCAAAUCUUUUCCUGCGACGAGAGAAACUGGUGGGAUCUUCACUAUGCUUCGCAUGGGCAAACAAUGGCCCUCAUGGAAACAGGUUCUGCGUCUGCGCUGCGUGCAGAGAUCCGCACGCGCCUAGCGUUGGAGCGACGCGUGAAGGCCUUCAUGCGGGAGCACCACAUGGUCUUCGGUGGUUUUCUGCAACAAUCUUCCAGGGAAGGCACCGCAGGCGCCGCAGCAGAUUAUUUUGAUUACAACAAGAGGUCCGAGGUUUCGGUCGUUACCUGGAAGAGCUACGGCCAAGCUGGAAAGGAAGCCAUGCUUCGCUUCGUGGUGCCAUACUCCCGGGCCGUGGCCGCGGUCAAUGAAACGCGAGCCAUGGUCUGGUUCGACCAGGUCGAGUUUGGGAAGUUCCAGAAGGAUGAACAGAAUCGAGCCAACCGAGAUUUGGAGCCAACCGAGAUGGAAGAGGUAGUUGACAGGACAGACAGGAUGUCAAGUUCGAGAGCUCUGCUGGCAGUAAGAGAAACAAGCGAGGAAAGUGAGGAAAGUGAGGAACUUGAAGACGCAAGUGGAAGGAGGAGGAAGAAAAAGGACAGCUCAAGCCCCAGAAGGAGAGGAGAGAGCAGAAGAAGAAGAAGGAGAAAGAAGAAGGGCGGCUUCGGCAAGAAGAUAAAAAAAGGGGCCAAAAAGGCAGGGAAAGGGGCCAAGAAAGCGGCCAAGAAGACAGGGAAAGUCGUCAAGAAGGGAGUGGAGAUUAUCGAAAAGUACGUGUCACUGAUCUGGGGCUGCAUUGGCGAUGUCUUUGAGUUCAUCACAGUGGGAUACCAAAUUGACGUUGUUCCAGGUUGGGCUCCGUAUUGGGCGCUGUGUUGGGUACCUGUAUAG